AAUUCACCCUAACCAUCACAACCAUCCGAAGGGGCUCAUAAUUAGUAUCCCUCUGCUUAAACUGAAACCCUCGGAGAUUUGAGAAAUGGAAGGGAUCAAAUAAACGACGAAAUGCCACCAUCAAAACCUGUUAAACCAUACUUCUUCUACGGCCAUCGUAAGCCUUCCCAAAACCGUCCUGUCGUCCGCGGAGGCCUCUUCUCCAACCGCCAGACAAUAAAACCACCAAAACCCACUUCUCAUUUUGCACCAUUUGACCUCCAAAAAUGGGACCCCCAAAAUCCAUCACCUCCACCACCCUCCAAGUCCCCCCCUUUAGCCCCCAACCAUUCCCUUACCAGAGUUUCCCAACGCCUCUCUCCAAUCUCUCGCUUCAUCCUCGACGCCUUUCGGAAGAACGGCAACCAUUGGGGCCCACCAGUGGUAACUGAAUUACGCAAGCUUCGCCGAGUGACGCCGGACCUGGUUGCCGAAGUGCUGAAAGUCGAAACUAACCCUCACCUGGCGUCCAAAUUCUUUCACUGGGCAGGUAAGCAGAAAGGGUACAACCACAAUUUCGCUUCUUAUAAUGCUUUUGCUUAUUGUUUGAAUAGAAGCAGCUUAUUUCGUGCUGCUGAUCAGUUACCUGAGUUAAUGGAUUCACAAGGGAAGCCACCUACUGAGAAACAAUUUGAGAUUUUAAUUAGAAUGCAUUCUGAUGCGAAUAGGGGACUUAGAGUUUAUUAUGUAUAUCAAAAGAUGAAGAAAUUCGGAGUCAAACCCCGUACUUUCUUGUAUAAUAGAGUUAUUGAUGCUUUAAUUAAAACGGGUCAUUUAGAUUUAGCAUUAUCAGUGUAUGAGGAUUUUAAGAGUAACGGGUUGGUGGAAGACAGUGUUACAUAUAUGACGCUGAUCAAGGGAUUGUGUAAGGUCAACAGGAUAGAGGAAGCGAUGGAACUUUUAGAAAGAAUGAGGAUGAAUGUGUGUAAACCGGAUGUUUUUGCAUACACAGCUAUGGUCAAGGUGUUGGUUGGAGAAGGUAAUUUAGAUGGAAGUUUGCAGGUUUGGGAGGAGAUGAAGAAAGAUGGGGUGAAUCCAGAUGUGAUGGCUUAUGUGACUUUAGUUACCGGGUUGUGUAAAGGAGGGAGGGUAGUGAAGGGGUAUGAGUUGUUUAAGGAGAUGAAGGAGAAGGGAAUUUUGAUUGAUAGAGCGAUUUAUGGAAUACUGAUUGAGGCAUUCGUGGAGAAUGGAAAGGUUGGAUCAGCUUGUGAUUUGUUCAAGGAUUUGGUUGAUUCUGGCUAUAGGGCUGAUUUGAGAAUUUAUAAUUCACUUAUUGAAGGUCUCUGUAAUGUGAAGCGGGUAGAUAAGGCUCAUAAUCUUUUUCAAGUUUUGGAUCAAGAGGGUCUUGAGCCAGACUUUAAGACAGUGAAUCACAUGUUGGUGUCUUAUGCGGAGAUGAAAAGGAUGGAUGAUUUUUGCAAGCUGCUUGAGGAGAUGGAUAAGUUGGGAUUUUCUGUUAUUGAUGAUAUUUCCAAAUUCUUCUCAUUUGUGGUUGGGAAGAAGGAAAGGACUAUGUUGGCCUCGGAUGUGUUUGAGGACUUAAAAGUGAAAGGUUAUAGCAGCGUUCCAAUCUACAAUAUUCUUAUGGAGGGACUCCUCAAGAUUGGUGAGGUGAAAAAGGCAUUAUCACUUUUCAAUGAAAUGAAGAAUUUCAAUUUUGAACCUGACUCAACUACUUACAGCAUUGCAAUUAUAUGUUUUGUUGAAGAUGGAAAUAUGAAAGAGGCUUGUAUGUGUCAUAAUAAAAUAAUUGAGAUGUCUGGUGUCCCAUCUGUUGCUGCCUAUUGUUCUCUUGCUAAAGGGCUUUGUAACAUUGGAGAGAUUGAUGAAGCCAUGAUACUGGUUCGUGACUGCUUAGGCAAUGUUACAAGUGGGCCCAUGGAGUUCAAGUACACUCUUACAAUUCUUCAUGUAUGUAAAUUAGGUGAGGCUGAAAAAGUGAUCGAAGUGCUGAAUGAGAUGAUGCAGGAGGGUUGUCCUCCCAAUGAGGUCAUAUAUUCUGCUAUUAUCUCUGGCAUGUGCAGGCAUGGGACAUUGGAAGAGGCACGGAAAGUGUUUACAAAUUUGAGAGAGCGCAAACUUCUGACAGAAGCCAAGACAAUUGUUUAUGAUGAAAUAUUAAUUGAACAUAUGAAGAGGAAGACAGCAGACUUGGUGGUGUCAGGAUUGAAAUUUUUUGGUCUGGAAUCAAAAUUGAAAGCAAAGGGAUGUACACUUCUGUCAAGUUGAAAGGUAAUAUUGUGAAUGAUUCAGCAUUAUGGAAGAUGGUGAUCUAAUGCUCAAAAGCAAGCUUUGGUCUCUUAAUUAAAGCUCAUGGAAAAUGGGGCGCCGAGAUUUUCAUUAUUGUAGUUGCAUAUGUUUCUAUCAGGAGUAUGUUGAUGAAUUGUUGACCAAUGCACAAGGUUGGUUCUCUGACUAUCAUAAAUUAAAAAGGUUUCGUUUGAGGAGUUUUCUAGUGCAAGGUUUGGACAUGGCAGAGAGGAAUCUUGAAUUUCAGGUGUCUCUCUCUUGGGUCUGUUGGGCAAUUGAUUUCUCUGGCGACUGAGCACAUUGGUGAACUAUGUGCCAGUGGUAGUAAUUAGCAGCAAUUAGGCUUCAUCCUCUCGUUAGCGGCAAUCUGGACGACCGUUUUCAUAUUCUUAGCCAUUCUGAAGAUAUAUUACUGUAUGGAACUUGUGGUUGGCAUAGAACAGCUUAAAGUGGUCUUGCGGGGUGAAUUUUACAUCUGCAUGUGAUGAAGCCACUUCAAGGAUCUGUCAUUUCUUUUACUUAGCAGACCAAUUAAGAUUAGCUGUUGUGAUUUGAACUCCAGAACACGAUUACUUUAGACUAAUUUCACCCAUGGAACUGCUCAUUCCAAAUUUUCUGCUUUGUUGAGGAUUUACACUAUUACUUUGUUCAGUUAGGAAUAGAAUGCACUGUGGCCGAAAGGGAGAAGUUCAAAUAACUGAAGUUUUGCAUGCUUUUAAGCGUGUUGUUGCAGACAGGGUGAGUAGCUACGGAAAUAAAAGAACAGAGAACCCUGGUUGAGGUCUACUUGCUGGUUGUCAUUUCUGUAGCUUGUCAAGUUUACUAUUAAUUUUUGCCCAUGCAUGGAAUCCAAUAAGGAAGGAGCCUCAGAGAUCAGAAAACUCUGAUUAAUUAGAGCUAAAUAUGAUAGUUUGCAGGUCUGGUGAGUCUCCAUUCUCUUAAGAAUGUUUAUUCCUUGAAGUUGUGUUGUAACUUUGCAGUACUGCAUAGGAGAGAGAGAAGAAAAAAAUGUUUCAUUCAUUUCCA